AUGGCUCAACGACGAGAAGGCCAAAGCAGCGAUGAAUCGGGCAACUCAGAAGCCUCCAUCGCACAGAACGCGAGAAUUUCCCAAUUUUUAGCAACAAAUCUCGAACUCAUGACAGACUCGACAAUUCUCAAACGAUCUCUUAGCUUGAAUUCUGUCAUUUUGACGGCAUCUUCCUUCAGCCUUCGCUUUCAAAAUGCGCGUUCUCGACCUGACUUGCAAUGCCUCAACCAAAUCGGAGCUGGUCUGCAGGGAGCCGUCUUUGAACAAGUCGGGAAGCCUCUGGCUUUGAAAAAAGAAAGCCCAGGAAAUGAAAAGCUACGAUCAAACCUCUAUCAUGAGUAUACGAUCCACUGUGGUGUUUCCGCCACAUUCGAACAUUACCAGUCCAUCAAUAGCGAAGUCCACAUUCCGAAGCCUUUCAAAUUUAUCUCUAGGGAAGACAACAGCGCUUUCUGGGAUGAAAUCUUACCAAAAACCCCCCAGGUUUACCGCAGGCGCGGAGACCUUGUGAUGAUGGAACGGAUUCUCCCAUUACCGAAAGUUGUGCGAAAAGCCUUAAUUUCCCAGUUUUGCGCUCCCGAACAACAUCUUGAUGCCACUGAAAUCGAAGCCCUCCUCAAUCACCCUGAAAAUAAGCACUGCCUCGCCCGAGUUUACCUCGGUAAGGCGAUUGGUACCAUUGACCGUAAAACCCCGCUGAGAAACUUCCCUCUGUACCUUGAGCCGAUGGAGCAGAUUGGCAUCGAGACUCUCCCGCUUGCAAAUGCGAUGGGAAAAGCCUACGCAACCAUGCACUGGGGCGCGGCCAUCAACGGUGAUGAUGUGGAGUUUGUGCUUGGAACAUCGGCCACAGCGGCCCAGGGAACGGACCAUGGGCCGGACUUUCAACACCGCGCUGUUCAGCUUUAUCUCUUGGAUUUUGGGCAAUGCGAGGCGAUAGAGCUGGCCCAGGAUCUCGAUGUUGUUUAUCAAGCUUUCAAGGGGGCCAUGGUGACAGGGGACAAUCAACGUUUCAUCCCACAUUACUCGAGGAGCCCGGCCCUGUUUGCGACAUUCCGACAAGGGUACAUUGAAGCAGGCAAUAUUAUUCUGUCAGACAAGGGGCUGAAUAGCAACUUCAACAUGGAGGACUUCAUGCAGGAGUAUGAAGAGUAUGCUGAAGACUUUUUGUAA